AUCUUUUAUUUAUUCAUUUUUUAAUAUUUUAAUUUAGUGUUUCCAUUAGCAGCCGUCGCUCCUUUAAUAGACUAGUCACCUCAUUCCUCAAACUCCAACAAUUUAGGGCGGCCAUUUCUCUAGCAGCCGUUUUAUUUUAGGUCAUAAAUAAUUGAAUAAUUUAAUCAUACCUUUUUGACCCCAUGAAUAAAUCAUAUUUGUGUAUUAUAAUGAUAAUUUCAACCCGUAGGAAAGAAAAAUAAAGUUCCCAUAUGCAUAGGGUAAUAUUUAUUUUUGCUAUGAAAAAGCAAAGAGCCGUGAGUUUUUGGAAAUUGGAACCUUGAGUUUGGGUUUGGUGGCACUCUUCUCCGACUCUGUUUCCUACUAUCUUUGACUUUGACUCUGAUUUUGAUUUUGAUGAGCAAUAAUAGUAGUAAUUUAUUAUUUUAUUUUGGUUUACUAUAAAUGAGAGCUUCAUGUGAUCCACUCGUUAUUGCGUUUAACCAGAAACAUUAGUUUAGUUUGUGUUUAUGCUUAUUGCCUUAUUCAUUGAAUCCUUCUUGAAUUGUGAACAAGAGAAGAAGACAAACCGCAUUUGCGACUUUGAGGGAUGGGUUCGUCAGUGAAUUCGAAACCGAAGGUGAUCAAGGGCCCCGCUGGCUAUGUUCUUGAGGAUGUUCCUCAUUUCUCAGAUUACAUCCCUGAGCUUCCUACACAUUCUAAUCCUCUGCAAGACAAUCCCGCUUACUCAGUUGUCAAGCAGUAUUUCGUGCACGUCGAUGACAGUGUUCCUCAGAAGAUAAUUGCUCACAAAGAGAGUCCAAGAGGGGUGCAUUUUCGGCGUGCAGGACCCCGUCAAAGGGUGUAUUACGAAGCAGAUGAAGUUCAAGCUGCUAUUGUGACAUGUGGGGGUCUAUGCCCUGGUCUCAACACCGUUAUCAGGGAAUUAGUAUGCGGCUUAAACAACAUGUAUGGCGUCAAGAAAGUUAUGGGAAUCAAUGGAGGAUACAAGGGUUUCUAUGCACACAACACAAUCGCACUGACUCCAAAAAGCGUGAAUGACAUCCACAAGCGUGGGGGAACCGUGCUUGGUUCAUCAAGAGGAGGACAUGACACCACUAAGAUAGUUGACAGCAUUCAAGAUCGUGGAAUCAAUCAGGUCUAUAUCAUUGGAGGAGAUGGAACUCAGAGAGGUGCUAGCAGGAUUUUUGAGGAGGUUAGAAGGCGUGGUCUCAAAGUUGCUGUUGUAGGAAUCCCCAAAACCAUAGAUAAUGACAUCCCGGUUAUUGAUAAAUCAUUCGGGUUUGACACAGCUGUUGAGGAGGCUCAACGUGCUAUAAAUGCAGCACAUGUUGAAGCUGAGAGCAUUGAGAAUGGGAUAGGUGUUGUCAAGCUCAUGGGAAGAUACAGUGGGUUUAUUGCAAUGUAUGCUACUCUUGCGAGUCGAGAUGUGGAUUGUUGCUUAAUUCCAGAGUCACCCUUUUACCUGGAAGGGCCAGGUGGAUUGCUUGAAUUUGUAGAGAGGAGACUCAAAGAAAACGGCCACAUGGUUGUUGUCAUUGCUGAAGGGGCAGGACAGGAGCUUGUUUCCGAGAGCAUGCAAUCGAUGGCCAAGCAAGAUGCUUCCGGAAACAAGCUUCUUCAAGAUGUUGGCCUAUGGAUAUCCCACAAGAUUAAGGAUCAUUUUGCCAAAUUGAAGACAAUGACCAUAAACCUCAAAUAUAUAGAUCCAACAUAUAUGAUCCGAGCUGUUCCAAGCAAUGCUUCGGAUAACGUCUACUGCACCCUUCUUGCUCAAAGUGCUGUUCAUGGAGCAAUGGCAGGUUAUACUGGCUUUACAUGUGGCCUUGUGAAUGGAAGACAAACUUAUAUACCCUUUUAUAGAAUCAUUGAGGGACAGAACAAAGUAAUAAUAACUGAUAGAAUGUGGGCAAGACUUUUAUCUUCAACAAACCAGCCUAGCUUUAUAAUACAUAAGUCUGAUACUGCUGAAGAGAAUAAGGAAGAACCACCAUCGGAGUCGGCCAAAUAACGCUUUGGUUAAGGAAGAAAAGUUAGGUGUAUUUAUCACAUUGCUGUGUACUUUUAGAAGCUAUUAUCCUGGGUUUACCUUAAUCAUAAUUCAUGCCUUGUAAGUAGUACAUAAGAUUAAGAUCAGAUGGCUGUGACCAUGAGAAGAUAUUCUUUGUUAUGUUUUUGUCCUGUUUCUUUGGAAUUUUCUUUAUUCUGUAAAUGGAUCUCUGUUUUUAUUGGCAACAACUCUAUUUGAAUA